AUGGUCCCGCUUUGUGUGCUCCACGUUUACGGGCAUUCUCGACCUCCGGGUGAUUUUCCUGACCACCUCGACAUUGAACCUGGUGUCCUUGCAGAGUUUGCGAUCAUCUCAGGUCUCGUGGGUUGUCUCUACGGCUUCCGACUCCUGCGUUUGAUGAUUUUUCUCUGUGGCUUUCUCGUCACUGGAUUGUUGAUGGCAACAGCGCUUGAACACGUUUUCGGGUUGAAGACGUGGGUUCUUGCAGCUUCCUGGAUUGGUUUCGUCGUCAUGGGAAUUGCUGGCGGUUGCGUCGCACUGGCAUUUUUCCCAUUAGGUGUGUUUUUGGUGGGAUCAAUUCUGGCCUACACGCUCACUUCGUCACUGCCGUAUCGUUUGCUCCCGGGUGAAUCCAGCACCGUCCUUGACGGUGUUGUUGUGGUACUGGGUGGCAUGCUCGCAUGGCUGCUAGUGCGGCCAUUUGCUAUUGCUGCUAGCAGCCUCAUGGGCUCAGUAGCUGCAGUGAGGGGUAUCGGCUACUUCGCUGGUCGGUACCCCAGCAGAGACGACGUCGACCGCUUCCAUUCGUACGUGAUGAGAAGCAGAGAACCUUGGAUCUACGCUGUUCCAGGAGCCUGGUGGGCGUAUCUGGCUGCAAUGCUGGCGCUACUGGCUGUUGGGAUGAUCAAACAAUGUCAUGACGUCGAUAAAGAACGAAGCCACAGUCGCAUUGGUCGCUACACUGGCUGGCGAUCCAUGUCAAACAUCCCAAUUCCGUGA